AAAAAACGCGUAUAUCAAUAUUCCGCGUCCUCUUUCCUUAAUAACUUCACCACCAACUCCAUCGUUUCUCUUCUUCUCUUCUCUUCUCUUCAUUCACCCCAUCAAUAAAAUCCCAAUUCUACCCUUACCCUCUUCCCCAAUUUCCCAUCUCAACCAUGUACAGCAACGUACUUGUCAACUGCUCCAACUGCCACACCCCUCUCCAAGUCCCUCCCGGCGCCGGAUCAAUCCGUUGCGCACUCUGCCAAGCUAUCACUCUCAUUGCCGACCCACGCGCUCUCCCUCAUCAACCUUCACCAUCUCCUCACGCACCACCACCUCCUUCCCCUUACAAUCAAGCUCCCCCCGGUCCCCUUCCUAACCCUCACGGCCGUAAAAAGGCCGUCAUCGUCGGAAUCUCGUAUAAAUUCUCCCGUCAUGAACUUAAGGGCUGCAUUAACGAUGCUAAAUGCAUGCGUUAUCUUCUCAUCAAUAAAUAUAGUUUUCCUGAUUCUUCUAUUAUUAUGCUUACUGAAGAAGAAGACCCUCAUGGCCCGAAAUUUCCGAACAAGCACAACAUAAGGAUGGCAAUGUUUUGGCUUACACAAGGAACUCUACCUGGCGACUCCCUGGUUUUCCAUUAUUCUGGUCAUGGAUCGCAGCAAAGGAACUAUAGUGGGGAUGAAGCUGAUGGUUUUGAUGAAACUAUAUGUCCUUUGGAUUUUGAAACACAGGGUAUGAUAGUAGAUGACGAGAUCAAUGCAACGCUUGUAAGACCUCUUCCUCAUGGGGCUAGGCUGCAUGCACUAAUUGAUGCCUGUCAUAGUGGUACUGUUAUGGAUUUGCCAUUUCUUUGCAGAAUGAACAGUCGUGGACAAUAUGUAUGGGAGGACCAUCGCCCUAGGUCAGGUAUAUGGAAGGGAUCAAGUGGUGGAGAAGUUAUAUGUUUUAGUGGAUGCGAUGAUCAUCAAACUUCUGCAGAUACAUCUGCACUAUCUAAAAUUACAUCAACUGGAGCCAUGACAUUUUGCUUCAUCCAAGCCAUAGAGCGCUGUGCUCCCGGGGCUGCAUAUGGCACCAUUCUUACUUCGAUGCGCAGUGCCAUAAAAAAUGCUGGCAGCGGUGGUAGCGGGGGUGGCGACGUAGUAACAUCUCUUAUAUCCAUGCUUUUGACUGGAGGUAGUCUUAGCGCCGGUGGUCUGAGACAGGAACCACAGUUAACAGCUGGCGAAGCAUUUGAUGUCUACAGAAAACCUUUCUCAUUAUGAUGCUCAACAUUCUUUGUUCUGCAAUUUGAUUGAUUUCCUUGGCGCUGCCCCUGUACAUGAAUGUAUUUGAUUAUUACUAUGAGAGGUUAAUGUAUAAUAAAUUAGGCGGGCUUCUAAUUUAUUCGGUUAUCGUCAAGGACAUGUUUGGUUGAAUUUAUAUAUGAAUUUGAGAAUGCAUUUGCUCUUAGUAAUGAAUGAGUAGUUGUCGGUA